GCAGCUCGUUGCGGCACCGGCACCCGUGCUAGGAGAGCAGCUGAUCGACCAACAAUGGAGGCCGCCGUCGCGUACCUCCUCCUCCUCCCGCUCGCCACCUGCGCCAUGCUCCUCCCACUCCUCCUGCUGCUCCCGGCCCUUCGGCCGUCCAAGGCCAGCCGCCUCCCGCUGCCCCCGUCCCCGCCGGCCGUCCCGGUGCUCGGCCCGCUGCUCUGGCUCUGGCGCGCGCGCUCCCGCCUCGAGCCGGCCAUCCGCGAACUGCACCGCCGCCACGGGCCAGUCCUCUCCCUCGGCUUCCUCUCCCCGCGCCCCGCCGUCUUCGUCUCCGGCCGCCGCGUCGCCCACCGCGCGCUCGUCCAGCGCGGACACGCAUUCGCCAGCCGCCCGCCCGCCAUCGCGCCCUUCGUCGUCCUCACUUCCGCCCAGCGCACUGUCAGCUCCGCGCCCUACGGCCCGCUCUGGCGCUCUCUCAGGCGGAACCUCACCUCCGGCGUCCUCCACCCCGCACGCGUCGCAGGCCUUUUCGCGCCCGCGCGGCGCUGGGCGCUCGCGAUCCUCGCCUCCGACCUCGAGGACGAGUCGUCCCGGAGCGAGGGAGGCGUGGUGACCGCCGUCGAGUGCCUCCAGUUCGCAAUGUUCUCGCUGCUCACGUACAUGUGCUUCGGAAGCAAGCUGCCGGCCGGCCGCGUACGGCAGAUCGAGGCCGUGCAGAGGGAGCUCUUCUCCUCCUACAUCGGCUUCCAGGUCUUCGCCUUCUGCCCGGCGCUCACCACGAGGCUAUUCCGGCGCCGGUGGCGGAAGGUGCUGUCCAUCCGCAGUAAGCAGGAGGAGCUGUUCCUGCCACUGAUCACAGCAAGAAGAGAACGGAGCGUGCUGACGGCUAACGGCGACGACGGCAGCCUGGCGCACUGCUACGUCGACACGCUCCUCGCGCACCGGCUCCCCAAGGAGGAAGAGGAUGGCGGCGAGCGCGCGCUGACCGACGCCGAGAUGGUGAGCCUAUGCACGGAGUUCCUCACCGCCAGCGUCGACACCACGGUGACCGCACUGCAGUGGAUCAUGGCGAACCUGGUCCGGCAACCGGAGAUCCAGGCGAGGCUACAGGACGAGAUCGACGCGGCGAUCACCGACGACCAUGACGCCGUCGCGGAGGAGGACCUCUCGAGCAUGCGCUACCUGAAGGCGGUUGUCCUGGAGGGGCUGCGGCGACACCCGCCGGCGCACUUCCUGCUGUCGCACGCGGCGCCGACGGAGGCGUCGCUGGACGGGCUCCGCGUGCCGGCGGCCACGUCGGUGAACUUUUCGGUGGCGGACGUGUCACUUGACGAGGAGGUAUGGGGCCAGCCAGAGGAGUUCAGGCCGGAGCGGUUCCUGGACGGCGGGGAGGGCGCCGGGGUGGACCUGACGGGGAGCCGGGAGAUCAGGAUGAUGCCGUUCGGGGCCGGCCGGAGGAUCUGCCCCGGCCUCGGGCUGGCGAUGCUGCACCUGGAGUUCUUCGUGGCCAACCUGGUGAGGCGGUUCGAGUGGUCUGCUGCGGAGGACGGCGGCGGCGUCGACCUCGCCGAGAGGCCGGAGUUCACGGUGACCAUGGAGCGGCCGCUGCGCGCGCGCGUGGCGCCCAGACGCCCCCGGGAGUUAUUUACCCAAAACCAUCACACUUGGGGCCAGGCGAAACCGACAAGUGGGGCCUGCCUGUCGGGCUGACGUGGUGUGCCUAGGUGGACAAUUUGCUGAGUUGGAUGGGGUCCCACAUGUCAAUGACUCGAGUGUUUAUCCUUUUUUCAAUUUUCUCUUUAUUUUCUCAUAGGCAUUUCAACAAACAGGCUAUGUGCGUGUCUGUCAGGGGCACCACGACCAGGCGAGGACGCGCGGUGGCGCACUGGGAAGCCGGCCGAUACAGCUGCGGCAAGAAGAUGCUCGGGGGCGCCCAUGGUGGUCUUCCAUGGUUGUCAAGGCGGCGGUGGGCUCGAGCGCAAAGGACGGUGAUGUAGUGCCAGGAAGACGAUGUCAGACUCGCCGCCGCGGCCGGAGAUGCCUUGCACGGCGCGCGCUAGCGCAGGCGCGGCCAGAGCCUCCCUAUGCACCGCCGCGGUGUCGACGGACGCUGUACAGCAGCUCCAGCGCCGCCCGCGUGCGUGCUCCGAGCCCAACGCGCAUCCGCCUCCAUUAGCCCGAGCAGUACGCCCCGCACUAGUCGCGCCGCCCGAUGCUUCUUCCGCCACCCAGGCCAGCCACUAGUCGCGCUGCCGGUCGGCCGCCUUCCGCUAGUCGCGCUGCCGGUCGGCCGCCUUCCGCUAGUCGCGCCGCCAGCCACUGGUCGCGCCCCGUUCGGCCGCCCGCCGCUGGGCCCGAUGCUGCAUCCGCCAUUGAUGGAGGCAGAUUGAGUUCCAACGGGGUGGUUCAGCACGGAUGGUAGGUGGCUAUGGCGGCCGGGCGCCUCGCCGGUGGUGGGAUGGCUCGCCGGGGUUGGGCUUUGGCGGCGGCGUGGGAUAUGGCUAUGGUGCGGUUUUUUUUUUACAGGAGGAAGGAGGAGGGGGAAGAAGAGAUGCAUCUGACAGGUGGGGCCUUAGGCCACCUCAGCGAAUUAUCCACAUAGGCAGGCCAUGUCAGCCCGACAGGUGGGCUCAACUUGUCGGUUUCGCUGUUUUCACGGGCAAAUAAGAUAAUCAGUGCUCUGCGUUACGCAUUAGGCACAUUUUUGAUGUUUUUUAUGCCUUGGCUUAAAUAUGGUAUCAAGUAGUUACCCUAACCUCAAGUGUGGUGGUUUUGGAUAAAUAAUUCCGCCCUCGGCUAGUUCGGCCAGUCUGAUUGAUUGUGUGUGAUGGUUACA